UUCUCCCACAGCGGCUGCAAGUGAAAUGGCAGAUGCAUGUGUCACUCCGUCAGACGGGAACAGGAAGACAUCCUGUUGAUGCCAAGCCGUUUUGAGUUCAGUUCAAAGAACUGAUCCCUUCAAAAAGUGUGCACCGUCCUCCUCUCCCCUGACGCAGUGAGUCCAGUACCUGGCUCUGAGGCUUGUGAAGGACGUCUCAGCUUGGUUUAGUGCUCAGGAAAUUGGCUGGUGUCCUCCGUCUGAGUCUGUCACAGUAUCAGAGGACCCUCCUGGCCAAGGAAACUUUCUGCCUGAACUGCUCUUUGAAAAUAGUUUCCCUUGUGUCUCCUUCCCUUGGAAUGGUUUCAGGUAAAAACAGUACCUGACAAUGUCGAGCAAAACAGCAAGCACCAACAACAUCGCCCAGGCAAGGAGAACUGUGCAGCAGUUGAGAAUGGAAGCCUCCAUUGAGAGAAUAAAGGUGUCAAAGGCAUCGGCGGACCUCAUGUCCUACUGUGAGGAGCACGCCAGGAGCGACCCUUUGCUGAUCGGGAUACCAACCUCAGAAAACCCUUUCAAGGAUAAAAAAACUUGCAUCAUCUUAUAGAGGAACACGGAAACCGUCCCUCGCCUCUUCUCAACAAAGCAAAUUAUGAGCAGCUCCUUGGAAGACAUUUACCUUCAGCUUAUUUGGUAACCACUGCUAAUAACUAAAAUACUCUAACUUGGAACGAUUGACUCUGAUGUCUUUAUUUUCCAAGCUGCCCUUUCUCUAAAACACCUUUUACUCAUUUAAUACAGAAUAACAAUCUUCUUUUCCAUUUGAUAACUAUGGUGUCCUAUUGGGUUACUGCUUCAGAAAAGUUGGUCUGGGCCAUUUUAAAAAAACAUUAUCUGCUUUUAAAUAUAUGAAUAACCCAGUCAUAUCAAGACUUAAAUUACCUAAGUACCUGUCUAGGUUAAAAUGCCAAGAAUAACUUACUGAAACCUUUAUGUUUUUAAUAGGGUUGUGCCAACCUGUACAGUGUACAUGGGUGAGGAGUGUUUUGUGUAUAUAUAUAUGUCUUUGUAUAUACACAUAUCAAUGCUAUUUCCUUUUUAAAAUUUCUCUCUCCAUGCCAUCAGUUCGACUCCAGAAGUUAUACCUUUGUCUUGAGCUGUAUGUAGAUAGAAUAAAAGUUUUUCAUAUAGUUAUUGUACAAAAAGGUAUCCACUGUAAUUGAGUUUUGAAGAAAUGUUGCUGACCUCUUAGGCUAGAAUUAACUAUACCGAUUAAAAUUUAAAAACUGAACUAAAAACCCUCUUAUCAGGUAUUGACAAGGAAACCUAAAAAGGCUCCCAUGAUCCUGAGUCUAGAAGAGGGGGGGAGGCCUCUGGGCCAGACUCUGGGGCUCAUGUUCUCUAGAUUGUGGAGAGACACCUCUGAAAUGUCCACCCUAAUGCCUAGAGUGCACAUGAGCCCCGCCCAGAGGAGAGCAGGAAUGUGUGAAAACCAGCUGCUUUUCUCAGCCAAACUUUGUAAUUUCACUCUCUCUGCCCUGCCCUUUGUCUUUCCUCUCCCACUAGAACAUCUCUUUCCAGAGGUGGUAUUCACCUCCCCAGCCCCAAGUGGGUGGAACAUGGUGGGAUGGAAAUACAUGAAACACAACAGUAUCAGGCACUUUUCAAAUAGCUAUAGUGCCAGUGUGUUCCCUACCUUGUCCACAAACCACCCGAGGCAGGCUUGGAUUCAGGGGUACAUGACUUGGGCUUCAGGGUUCCAGCAGCAGGUUCCUUGAUUUUCCUCUGGACAUGAGUACAGCCCUCACAUCCUUGGAAUUUCCAGUGGGCAUCCCAAGAAUGUCCUGUGCCCAGAGA